AUGUAUUUGGUUUGCAAACCUGAACAUUUUGUUGCUGUUAUGAAUUGUCCAGAAUACAACGUUUUUGAUCCGGAUAGACAGAUUUGUGUUCUAAACAAAGUUGGUUGUAAAAGCAGUUCGCUACUGCGAAGCAUAAAUGAUGGAACGCCUGUUGACGAACUUGAAGUUGGGACUAUUUUCGCAGAAGAAGUUAAUGAUGAUCCUAAGCGUCAAAAUGCUGUUGUCUUCAGAGAUGAAGAUCCAGUAAUUAAUGAUGGUGACGCUAAAGAUAUCAUAGUAUCGCAAAGAUCUUCGAUCGCUGAUACUGAUUCCUCGGAUGGAACCAAAACACUAAUGGAGCACCCAUCAAGACAGCAUACACAAAGUAAGAUUGCCCACAGAAGACCUUGGCCAGAAGUUGGCCAAUACUUGGAAACUUCUGUAAGACCGUUCCCUCUGUUAUGGUCUUCAAACGAUGUUUCUGGACUCGGCUAUAGCUACGUCACGACCUACGAACAGCCGUUACUGCCACCAAUUUUACAACCGGCUCUCUACGACGAGUUCAACGUUCACUUACCGGUUCGGCCAAUUUUUUUCGCUGCCUUCAUGCCACCUAGGGCUACACUUUUAGACCAGUUUGACGUCGCUUAA